UAAUCACGGUACAACGUGAUUUGAUCAAGAAGAAAGUUCUGGUGAAAAAACCAAGCCUCAACACAAAUGAACAUCAUAGCUAAGGGAGUUGCUCCUGUCUCCUGGGAUCACUCAAUCUGGACUUCAAUAUAAUAAGGAUUGCACCCUACUACACCAGAGAAUACGGAGAGGAUAGACACUGCAGAUAGAUCCUGACCAUCACCCAAGGAACAACUACAUAACUGUGGGAAGACAUCCAGUUCCUUCACAGCAUUGCUCAACACAGAGAAGGUUGGGCAGUGAAACCAUCAUCUGGAAAUCGGUCGGGUUAGGGGAGCUUUGACAUAUCAUCAGAUCUGAAACUGGUCAGUGGUGUGGAGCCUUCCAUCAGAACCAAUCUUUCCGAAGUUUCAGCUGUGGGCAAUCAGUCAGGGUGAGGCUGGGAAGAAGUGUGAGUGGCUCCAAGUAUGGUGAGAGCUUCAGUCAUUCAUCGAGUCUCAUGAACCACUGACUCAUUCCUACAGGUGAGAGGCCAUUCAAGUGUGAGGUGUCUGAGGAGCAAUCCACAGGCUCUCAGGUUCUCCUAACACAUAAGGUGCAUCUAUUGUAUCAGAAGAGCAGUUACAUGGAAGAGAAACCAUUCAAGUGUGAAGUGUGUGACCGAGCUUUCGCACAUUCAUCAACACUCGUUCAACAUCGACACAUUCACGCUGGGGAGAAACCGUUCACGUGCGAGGUUUGCAAAAAAUCAUUCUCGCGCUCAUCUCACUUUCACGUACACCGACGUAUCCACACUGGAGAGAAACCAUUUACAUGCAAUGUGUGUGACAAAUCAUUCUCGGACCCAUCUACACUCCGCAUACAUCAACGCAUUCACACAGGGGAGAAACCAUUCACAUGUGAGGUGUGUGACAAAUCAUUUUCACGGUCAUCAAUCCUCCGUGCACAUCAACGCAUUCACACAGGGGAGAAGUUGUUCACAUGUGAACUGUGUGACAAAGCUUUCACAUUGUUAUCAAACCUCAUGCGCCAUCAGACAGUCCACACAGGGGAGAAACCUUUCAAGUGUGAGGUUUGUGAUAAAGCUUUUGCAAUAUCUACAAGGCUCCUGAGACACCAGAGCAUUCACAGAGGGGAGAAACCCUUCAGGUGUGAGGUUUGUGAGCUGGCUUUCACCCAAUACUCCCAUCUCCUGACACAUCAGAGGAUUCACACAGGGGAGAAACCUUUCAAGUGUGACAUGUGUGACCGAGCCUUCACACAGUCAUCGACGCUCAAUCAACACCGACGCAUUCACACUGGGGAGAAACCGUUCAUGUGUGAGGUGUGCAACAAAUCAUUCUCACAGUUAACAAACCUCCAUGCACACCAGCGCAUUCACACAGGGGAGAAACCAUUCACGUGUGAAGUGUGCAAUAAAUCAUUCUCGCGGUCUUCAACACUCCGCGUACACUAUCGCAUUCACACAGGGGAGAAACCAUUCACGUGCGAGCUGUGUGAUAAAGCUUUCACAACCUCAUCAACACUCCUGGUACAUCAGAGGAUCCACAGUAGAGUAACUCUUCAAGUGUAAGAUUUAAGAUGAAGUUCUCCUGAAGUUUUCGAACCUCCUGAAUACCACCUGAAAAUAGUAAACAUCCCAUAGCGUUUCAUUGAGAUGCAAUCAGAGAAAAAUUAACAUAAAGGUGUAAUCAGAGAAAAAUUAACACUGAGACAAAGUAGGAAAUAUUAGGAGGGGAUGACCAAAAAUAAUGUCAAAUAGGUAGGAUUUAAGGAAGUCCUAAAGGAGGGCAGAGAGAUAAAGAUGCAGAGAGGUUUAAGGAGGGAAUUCUAAAGAUCUCAUAACACCCUAGGUCCAUUUGUUACCAGCUCUGUUAACACAAGGGCAGCGACAUGGAAGUGUGAGAUUUGUGUUAAAGCUUUUGUGGCAUCUUUAAGAUUCCUGAGAUAUCAGAGGAAUCACACAGGGGAGGAACCUUGCAGCAGUGUGGUGUGUGACUGAGUCUUCAUACCUCGUGCCACUUCCCAGCAUUCUCCACAUUCUUCCUUUUCAGAUGAUUGUAAAAAACAUAUAUUUUUAUUUCUGUUGGACUGUGGAUCAAAAUUACAAUGGCUGCAGUUUGAAGGACAUAUCUGCAGGGACAAUGUGAGGGGUAUAUACAAUGCUGCUGUCCUGGAACAGAAUGUGCCCUGAAAGACAGGAUGGUACUGAGGAGGAGUGUGGUCUAAUGGGAAACUGCCUGGCAACAACAUUUUAAUUGGCUCCUGACCAGGUGACUAGGGUUUGUGUGAGAGCAAUGCAUAAGAAUAGCUCCUAACCUGAAAGGAAAAAGACCUAAAACGUCUCUCUCCUGUGUGUAUAAGAUUCCAGUAAUUCUACAAUAAUAGCAAGCUGGCUUUGUCUCCUUAUAUCUCUA